GAAAGGGGUGAGAAAUGCUGGAGGAGGUGCCAACUUGGGACAAGGGAGAUCAUCAUUUUGGGUUCCUGAAGACAAAGGAAGGUCUGGAGCUCAGAGAGGCUUUGGCUGUCAAACACUUUGGAAGCAUUUAUAUAAUCACAUCUACCCUAAAAGUUUAAGAUGUAAUCAUCAACCAAACAUAUUAAAAGAUGUGAGGAUAGGGUGCCUGGGUGGCUCCGUCGGUUAAGCGUCUGCCUUCGGCUCGGGUCAUGGUCUCAUGGUCUCAGUGUCUCAGGGUCUCAGGGUCGUGGGAUUGAACCCUGAGUAAAGCUUCCUGCGCAGUGGGGAGUCUGCUUCUCCCUCUCCCUCUGCCCCUCCCCCUGCUCAUUCUCUCUCUCUCAAAUAAAUAAAUAAAUAAAUAAUCUUAAAAUAAGUAAAUAAAAGAAGAUGUGAGGAGACCUCAGAACAACAUUCCAAAGAGAAGUUGCCAAAAAGCUUUGAAUUAUGACAGCAUCAUUGGUGUAAGUGGAUAGCUUCCCCCACAGGACCGUGAAGACAACAACUCAGAAGUUCUGAACUAUCUCUUUUCAAAUAAUGGUAUACCUCCUCACGAAAGAUUAUCUUUUAGGGUUGUAGCAAUCUAGUUAAAAAACAAAACCAGCUCUACAUCGCCUGUUAAAGCCAGCGAACGCCAUGUGAGCAGAGAAGCCCAGCUUGUAUUGACCAAAAGAGACGGGUGUUGCAAAUGUUGGGUUUUGAGAAGUCAACACAACACAGGCUGGGGGGGCACAGGAUAAAAGGAGCUAAGACGUCCUGUUUUCUGUGGGCCAGGCCCUAUUCUAAACACCUUGCAUCUAUAAGCUCAUUCAACACUAUAUUACCCACAUUGUAUAAAUGAGGAAACCAGCCAGCCCAGAGAAGUUAGGUCACUUGCUCGGGGUGUCACAACUCCUGAGUGCUGGAGCCUAGGAUGUGGCCGUCGAGUCUGCACUAUUACCUUCCACAGCGGAACCUGGGCUACAGGUGCGGGGCAGGAGGGUGAGGAGGCAGCUGGAGGUGGGUGUGGUACCACGAGGGAAUGCGGGCUCUGCGUUAUAUCCUGUAUACCUGUGGGGCAAGUCAGACCCCUGAGUCAGAGCUCAAGCUGGGCAUGAUCUGUAUGGCGUGCGGGUGUCCAGGCCUGGCUACUCCGGAAGAAAAGGAUUCCCAGCAUUCCUGGGAGGAGGGCCAUCCAGGGUCCUGGCAUCUAGCUGCCGCCGGAGGCUGAGAUGUCAGCGGAGAGGUGAGCAGUUUGAGAAUGAGUUUGGGAAGCUGGCCUCCCCAGAGCCCAGGGAGGGGGUGUAUAGUCAUGCGAGUUAAAGGCUGCAUCCGUGCCAAUGUCCGGGAGGCCACUAAAGGGUGGGCAGAACGGGCAGUGCCAGCGGCUCAGGCGGCCUGGGUGGGGGCUGUGAACGGAGAGUGCACAAUUAACCCAACCGCCCGGCGGGCUGCGGAGUCCGGGUCAGCGGGCGGCCGAGGGCCGGGGCGCUGCACGGGCCUGGAGCUCUGCACACAGACUCCAGGAUGCGCCGGCUCGGAGCUGGGGGUCCGGAGGAGGGCGCGGAGGGCGCGAGGGGCGGCGCGCCCCCCACCGGCCUCGGCCGCGCAGCCCCGGGGGCCGCCCACCCCGCCCGGCCGUCGCCGGCAUCCCGGGCUUCGCGCCUCCACCGCCCCCACGCGUGCCGCGGCGGGGAGCGGCCUGACGGCGGCGUGACGCCUCGAGGGGCGGGCCCUCGCCACUAAAAGGGGCCAGAGGCCGCGGCGGCCGCCCCGGGAGCCGAGCCAGCCGCGAGCAGGGCCGGCCCGGUGCGUCCAGCGAGGCCGCGGCGGGCACCAUGCAGCUCCUGGCGAGGGUGCCGUCUGUGCCGGAGCGGGGCGAGCUGGACUGCAGCAUCUGCUACCGGCCCUUCGACCUCGCGGGCCGCGCGCCCCGCCGCCUGCCCGGGACGGCGCGCGCCCGCUGCGGCCACACGCUCUGCACCGCGUGCCUGCGCGAGCUGGCGGCGCGCGGCGACGGCGGCGGGGCGGCCGCGCGCGUGGUGCGCCUGCGCCGCGUCCUCACGUGCCCCUUCUGCCGCGCGCCCACGCCGCUCCCGCGCGGCGGGGUCCCGGAGGUCGCCGUGGACCCCGACUUGUGGGCGCGGCUGGAGGAGAGGGCGCGGGCCGAGCGCAGGCCGGAGGAGGCGGGCGGCGCGGCCCCGGGAGGCGGCGACGCCGACGACGAAGAGGGGCGAGAGGAGGGGGCGGGGCCCGGGAGCGCGGGCUGGCGCGCGCUCCGGCGGCUGUGGGAGCGGGUGCUGGCGCCCGCGCAGCGCUGGCGGCGGCCGCUGCCUAGCAACGUGCUGUACUGUCCGGAGAUAAAGGACCUGGCCCACAUGAGCCGCUGCACGCUGUGACCGCGGAGCCCAAAGCCGCGGCGGAAGGAAGGUGGGUGCUGCAUUCUCGGGGCGCGCUGUAGUGCGGGGGUGAGGCCAAGGCCACCCCGCGCCCGUCCGGUGAUUGGCGCCGCUGCGGGAGUUGAGCCUAGGGCAGGAGGGGCCCCACUAGCAAAUGGCCCCCGCACCCGGUGUACCGACAGGGCCAGCCUCGCGUCCUCGGGGGAGAGGCCCCGGGAUGGUGGAGGCGGGUCCGCAUUCCCGUGGGAAGGACAGAGAGUGUGUCCUUAGCUGUGACUUUGGCUUUUGUCCAGGGCAGCUCUGGCCAGUGGGAACAAUAGGGCCCAUUCUAGCGAUUCUGUGUCAGUGGUUUGAAAUUUUUUAAAAGCUAGAGCGGAAGGGAAGAGGCCGGUUUUUGUCUCAUGUUACUGUCACUUCUACGGCGUGUUAGAGAGCUGAGAAAAAUAAACGUGUUUUUCUUUUUUUCCAGUGCUGGUAUGCCUGUCUCCCCAGACCCGUAGUGUGUUCCUAAAAUUAUUGAGAUGCCUCUGUGCCUCGCUUCAUUUCACAAUCUCCCGUCAACCUGUGAGGGCAGGUAUCACAGGGUCCAAAGGGCAUUCUUCUGAGCCACCUAAUUAGGGCCCAUCAGGGAUAGGAAAGCCAUUUGGUAAAGGCAUCACAUUUUAAUCGUUUGAUGUUUUUUGUCAUCUUUACAAUCACAGGGAGAACACUGUCACUACUGAAAAGAUGCAUAUCAUACAAUUAAAAUAAUUAUUUUUUUUAAGAGCGAGCACUCGAGGGGUCGGGAGGGACAGGAGAGGGAGAAAGAGGAGCUCAGGCAGGCUCUCCGCUGAGCCCGGAGCCUGACUAGGGGCUCGAUCUCAUGAUCCUGACCGACAUCGUGACCAGAGCUGAAACCAAGAGUCAGAAGCUUAACCGACUCAGGCGCCCCUUAUCGUACAGUUUUAAACUGUGCCCCCUAAUUGGACAUCGCCUACGGUAUAGCAUGGAUUCUGUUUUAAAAUCCUGUGACCGCCUUAGGAUACGGUUGUAGGCAGGAGCUGCAGCAUCACUGGGAUUACACAACCUCAGGGGCCCACUUCAGACUCUCUUGAGUUUUAGCAAGAACCCCAGGUGAUCUGCAGGCACGUAAACCUCGAAGCAGCGCUGACUGAGGUGCUAGACUUGCUAGGAUGUCACCUUCCGUGGGUGGAAUAUUUAAAAGUUGGUAUAAAGGAUAUAAAUUUUAUUGGAAGUUGUAAAGGGACAUUCUGUUGCUGAAGAAACCUUUGUGUGCAUGGUUUAAUUAUUAUGUGACAUUUUCCUGAGUUAAGAAUGUGAAUUUAUGAAAUAGAAGCCUGUUUUCAUAACCACAUUUUGGCAUUUUCCUGUGCUUGUCUCAGCUUAAAUGUGUCCUCUUGCGGGAGGCCUUUCUCAGUGUUCCUCUGAGCGUAGCCCCCUCCCCACCAGGUGCUGUUCCAGAAUGCCUGUUUUCCGAGAGGAUGUGUCUUGUGAGUGUGAGCGGGGCAAGAACAGCGACUGCCUUGUGAGUGUUGUAUGUCCAGGCCGAACAGCGGUGGUGAACGUGUAUGUGUCCUCAAUAAACGUUUGUUGGAUUUAGCUUUUCUUUUUUGAUCCGAUCGCCUCAACGACAAAGCGUCUGGUCCCAACCCCUGAGAGGCUCUGGCAGUGAACGCGUGUCAAGGAAGUACUGAGCAAUUCAAAUCUUCAGCAAGCAUGACUCCCCUCACCCCAACUUUAAAAAAUGUGGGGGGCUCCGCUUCCUGCUCAGGACUGCACCUGCGGAGCUGUACUGACCUCUGCUGACUCUUGGGGGAACUAGGCCACUUGAAGGGGGAAAAGAUCCAAAACGGGUGAACGGGAGGCAGGUCAGAAUCCUGCCAGGCACCCUCCCGCUUCACCUCUGUCCAGUAAGCCCCACCGGGUCUCUGCUCUCAACCUGAGGACUGUGUGGGUGUUCUGCAGCUCACCCUCCAUCUCUACACUGGGUUCUUCACGUGGGGGUUGGGGCUGGAGAAAGAGCCUGGGAGUUUCAGUUGAUGAUCCAAGAAAAAAAAAUAGGAAGUCACGAGA